AUGUCUCGGCUGAUUUCAAAAAGAGCAUCAAAGAUUUCUCCAGCACAGUAUAUCAGUUGUCUGAUCAUGUUCAAACUUCACAGAGAAGAUCCAAUGUACAGUGCUAACAAUGAGAUCAGUUAUUACAAGGAAAAGGACGAUUAUGAUACUAUUGGACUUAUUCAUCUUGAAACACUGACCAAACACAAGACGACAAUAUUCAAGAGUUUAGAACAGUUCAGCAGUAUCUCAUUGGAUUAUAUCAACAGAAAUAUAUAUUGGAUACAAAAUCAGGAAUCUAUCUGGGUUGGUAGUUUAAACUAUAAAAAAAAAAUUAGACUUCUUGCUUUGAACAGUAGUGAAGUUGAAGGCGUUGAAAAGAGCAACAAUUUAGCUAUUCGGUCCUUAUUUGUUGAUUCAGUUAGAAGGAGAUUUUUUUACUCACAAUGCGAUGUGAAUUUGUACAAUGGCAACAACAAGCUGAUCUCAUGCGAUUUAUCCGCCAUGCAUUGUCUAAACUCUUUGGAAACGCAAGAAACAGCAGAAUUGAAUGCAAUGGGGUGUGCUAGUGCCAUCACAGUAGAUGUCAAGGAUGCUAAAAUAAGCUGGAUAGAUGCUGGAAAUGGAAACAUUUUUACUGGAGAAUUAGACAGUAGUGUCAACAGUUACGAUUUUCAACUUAACAAUGAUAUUGAAGAAAAUAGCCAGUUUGAUAUUAACGAGCAAAAAAUUUGGACGGGAAGAUUGAAAAAUAUUCAUACCAUUAAGUGUAGUAAUCAUCCUAAAAGUGUUGUUUAUAUGAACAAUAAAUUGAUCUGGAUAGACCAAGAUAAUCAUUAUGCUCACAUGAAAUCAGACAACGCAUUUUCUGAAGCUGUCGAAGAUAUUCAACUAGAAAACGACGUUCAUUAUGUCGCUUUAGUUGCCGCUGAUAAGAAUAUUCAUAACAAAGCCCAUUACAGCAUAUGUACAUCAAAAAAACCUUUAUGUAGUGACGUAUGCGUGACUUCAAAAAAUGGUAACCGUCGUUGUUUGUGCCCCUCUGGACAUGUGCUUCGGUAUGGCUAUCUGUGCAUAAAAGACCCCUGCUUCCGACACGAGAACGAUCAACCAAAAGCCAUCUGCGGUGAUUUGUGCGAGCGUGUCAAUCAAAAUAAAAUCAAAUGCACGUGCAGAUUUGGCAGAUAUCUUCUGCCUGAUGGGAAAAAAUGCGCAGACCUUCAAGUUCCGAUCAUGUACUUGGCGGACAACUACUUCUUGAAUCGCAUGAUAGUUGAUGCAGAAUACGAAAUUUUUGAUAAAAUUGAAAAUAUCCAGACUCGCAACUCGAUCUCUUAUUUUAAUGAAAACAAUUUUUCUAAAAAUGAGAAAGUUGAACAGAGCAAUUUUGAAGGCGAUUACAGUGAUGAUAGCGAAAAUGAAGGAAAUGAUGUCAUUGGGCUUAUUCACCUUGAAACAUUAACAAAACACAAAAACACGAUAUUUGAUCAUUUAAAAGAAUGCAGCAGCAUUUCUGUAGACUACCUUAACAGAAAUAUCUACUGGAUACAAAGUCAGAAAUCAAUAUGGAUUGGUGGCUUCAACUAUCGGAAAAAAAUUAAACUAGUUUCGCUUAACAAUAGUUUAUCUCAAACUGUCUUUCGAUCUUUAGUUGUUGAUCCAUUAAGAAGACGAUUAUUUUACUCCCAAUGCGAUGUUAAUCUACACUACCAUACUAACAACAAGCUGAUUUCAUGCGAUCUGUUGGGUAAAAGCUGUCUGAACUCAUUGGAAUCGCCGGAGGCUCAUCUGAACGCAAAAGGGUGCAUUAGUGAGAUCACUAUUGACGUCAACGGUGGUAAAAUUAGUUGGCUGGAAUCCGAAAGCGGAAUAAUAUUCAGUGGUGAAUUAGAUUAUUUUGAUAAGAAUCAGGAGCAAAGUUAUAACAAUGGAGAACUCAACGAAACUUUUGACAAAGCUGAUUUAAUGAUUUGGACUGGGAGAAUAAAAAAUGUUCAUAUUAUCAGAAAUAAUAAAUUUUGCGUUAAUAGCAAGGUUUCAUUAACUUAG